AUGGCUGCCGUCUAUGGACUCUGGUGGCUUUUUCUCCUUUCUUUACUAAGAAAUGCAGAUGCCCUGAAGAUGUCCUCACCAACUAUUAAAACAAAAUGCCUGGGAAAUAUCCUACGGGUGGACGUUCGACCACUUCCUGGACAAUUUCUGGAGGUUUCUGUCGUUGUUGGUAACGCCGCUAUUAAGCUUACGCAAAGUUUAGCAACACGAUGUGGCUUCAGUAUGUCACACAAGCAAGGAACCAUCUCAAUCUACGCUUCCCUUCUAAACUGUUUUGCUCAAAACAUGGGGGAUGAGUACACAACUGCGAUAAAUCUCAGGCUCUUUUCCAACACGGUGGCAAAAGAUGAUGUGUACCAGGUGACUGAAACUUGCAACUACAGCUUGGAGGCCUCCAGGGAGAUCGUUUGUGAUCGCAACUAUAUGGAGGUCUCUGUGAAAAGGACCGUUCCAAAUGAUUACACCCUGCCGUACCUUGCUGCUCCUGAGAUGAAGCUGAUUGACUCUGGAUUUAGAAUGUCAUCACUGGUGUUCUUCACGCCUGAGGAGAAAAAGAUGACUCCGCAGGAGGCCCACAAUGGUGGAUACGGGGUUGCCAACACGGCCACGAGACUCAUUCUGAGAAGUUCCAAGUCUGCGCCCGAGACGUACAUACAACAUGUUGCAGGAGUGCCCAUGACUGUGCUGCAAGCCUCCGCCAUCUUUGAGAAGAAGUGGCUGAAAAGAAAGCUUGAUGUUGCAGCUGCUUGUCCGCAGCGAGAAGGAAGCGUUUACUUGACGGAGAACAUGAUCAGCUGGUUCCUGCCCACACGCAUCGACCCGCUCAUUUCCUCCAGCCAGAUCAGACUUCUGGAGGUCCACAUAGGUGUGGACGGAAGGAGGCUGAAUGCCGACGAGUUGUCGGCCCGCCGGUACAAUGUGACUGUGGACAACAUGUACAUCAUGGUCCAAAUUCCCAUCGGGGCACCUGGUGGCUUCUUUAUGAGUCUCUUCCAGAAUGAUAAGUAUUUUAUUUCUUAUGGGAUUGAACCUAUGAUUGAGUUGCUGUGGAUUGAGGACACCACAAAUGACGACACGAGAUACAAAGUGCUCCAACCAAUCGUGACUCCAGCAGAGCAUCAACCCUUAAAAGUUCAAGACAAGACUAUUCCAAAGGACAAGGUGUUCAAACUGAUAAUGGGCCCUUUGGCGGGCGACGUGGUUCUCCGCAACAUCACCUUCAACAAUGGGGUCUUGUCUGUCUCAGACCUCAUUAAACGAGGAUUCAAUGUGCAGGAGCGCCGCCCAAAGAACAGCAGCUUAAAGUUCAUUUUGCUCCAAGUUCCUUUUGCGGACCGUGUCGUCAAACAGGAGACAAAAGCAGGGGUUACAACCUACUCUCUACACUUGAUUUUCGGCCUGGUGGUCCUGCCCAAGUUCACAGUAUUUAGUCAUACUGCUUCUAUGGAAGCUCAAUUGGCUACAGUAGUCCAACCUUUAGCUAUUGGCGGCUGCGACUCCAAGAACUUCUACGUUCUUGUGAAAUACGGAACAGAAGGCCACAACUUCCAUACUCGUCUGGGAAAACGCACUUUGACCCAGAGUCUGGCUCAGGAAUACGCUUUUACCAGAAACAGAACACACUUCAGUAUCGUGGUGCCGUUUGCAUCCCCAGAUGUUGUGUAUGAGGCUAUUGAGGAGUCAAACCUCCGAAGCAGACUUGAAGUCACGUUGAUAAAUCCAGAAACUGACCAUAAUGUCAACGACUUCACUUUGACUUGUCUCUUUCCCUCAACACUCGUAGAGUGUCUACCCAAUGGUACCAUGACAGCUCUUGCCGUCAAACUAGAGUCUGUCCCAAGCUUGAACCCCAGUGAGCUGACCCUCCUUGACCCGACCUGUAGCCCCGUCUACAGUGACGACCGCUUGGCCUAUUUUGUCUUCACUGCCACCACCUGCGGUACCACCCGGAAGUUUGUUUCCAACUCUAUGCUGUAUGAGAAUGAAAUCGCCCUACCGCACAGACGUGAAACACUUAAUAUGACUGGCUCCGAUGAGGAACCGGAAUAUGACUUAAGGGUUUCGUGUUCCUACGACGUCAACACAAAUCGCUCCUUGGCCUUCCACAACAGACCUCGCCGGACUGAUCGUGAUGCUGAAAACGGAAUCGGCCAACUGCAAGUUGUAUUGAGGCUUGCUGAGGAUGAUUCCUACAGUUCAUUUUAUGGCGCCACCGACUACCCCAUCUCCAAGUACCUGCAAGAGCCGCUGUAUUUUGAGGUGGAGCUCAUGAGCUCAACCAACCGGGAACUGUCACUGGAAUUGGAGACUUGCUGGGCUACAGUUGACAAGGACAAAAGAUCCCAGCCCAGAUGGAAUCUGAUCAUAAAAGGCUGUCCAAAUCCAGUGGACCCAAACCAGGUGAUCUUCCAUCCAGUGCAGAAAAAUGACAGAGUGGAGUAUCCAUCCCACGUAAAGCGCUUUGAGGUCCAUGUGUUUGCUUUUGCGGAAGACGAGAAUAACUUGAUGAAGCAGCUCUAUGUCCAUUGCGAUGUGGUGAUGUGUGAUUCCCGAAAUCGCCGGCGUGAAGGAUGUAAGAGGUCAUGUGACACCCUGGGCAGAAGAAAUAAAGGUGGGCUCAAAAGACUUGGGCUCUAA